AUGUCUCAAAUGCAGCUCCAGCACCUCCGCCGACAAGCCAUGCAACAAGCACCUGCCCAACCUGUCAUUGGAGUGCAACAGAAUAAGACCGCCCAUAGGAAUGAGAAUUCACAGGGGCACUCAAAUCCGGGCACACCGAAACAACAAACACCCGGACCCUCCGGAAUCAAUCGUACUCCACCUAUCACGGCAGUCCCGGGUCCCAAUCGGCAGCCAGCGGCGGUGCCUACAGCCCAGCGAAUUACGCAACCACAAAUUCUGAUGGGCCCUCCAUUAAGCCUGGCCAGUGUCCUCCCGAAUUAUCAAGCUCAAGCCCAACAAAGACCACCUCCAACCUUUGCCGUUGGCCCUGCCCCGCCACAGGCGAUUCGAAUGGGCAUGAACCAUUCGAGACCGCCGGUUCGGCAUGUGAAGGCUCCGAGUAAUCGGCCGCCAUCCGGACCCUCGACUUCAAGACCAAUCCAGCCACUAGUGCGACUUGUCACUCAGCCGGGACCGCGACCCGCCCCACUGAAUCUCACGACAACGCCGGCUCGCCAACCAUCACAUCCGCCUCCCGAAGCGCAACCUUUGCCGAUUCCAAUCCCGAUGAAGCCACCCGCCCAGCUACAACCCAAGCCCUCAAUCGUCUUGCCGAUAAGGACCAUGCCAUCACCCGUUCCGCCUCAGUUACAGGUUCCCUCGUUACAAAUCACUGAACCUGCGGCUCCUACUGAAGGGGAACCUCCCCAAGUGUCUCCACCAGAUGAAGCCAACCGCUCUGGAUCUAGCCAGAGUCAGGGCAGCCACGGCUCGGAUGUGAUGCCGUGCUUGAAG